CUCUACUUAAAAGAAGAGUUGAGAAAGGUUGUAUCAUGCUUUGUGAAUGAGAAACUUGUAGAGUUCUUGAGGGUGAGAUUGGCAUGAGCCUUUUUUUUGGUUGGAUAUUGUUGAUUCAUGCCAUUCAUUCAGGCAGUCUUAAGCUAAGCUCUCUUUAUAAACAGAAGCUAGUUUGCUUUAAAAUUAAUUGAACCAUAUAGAAUUACAUUAUUUAAAACAUGAUUUUAUCUCUGUUAUUUGUUUACUGAUUAUUGUUGGAAGCAACCCAUCAUAAAAUUCUUUGAAAAAACGAAGCCCUCCAUAACAUCUCAAGUUGGUCUUGGCAGUCUCCUAUAUUCCUUGGAACCAAACAACGGCAUUCUAGUUAGUCUUAAGCCAUGCUAAAGAGUAAAGACCAAACACACAAACUAACACUUCUUUCAAGAAUGUUUUGUCCUCACUCCAAAAGUUAACCAACGAAUAAAUUGCUCCAAGCUAAUUAGGUUAAAUUUUGGAGUUCAUGUGAUUGAUUCAAUGUAUGGCUCUGUCUUCUUGGAAAACGUCCACGUAUACUUCUCAGUUCUUUCCUUUCUUUUUCAAAGAUGGAUCAUUCAUUCGUGGGAGUUUGACGUAAUAUUUUAAGAUAAUGUCAAAAUAGAUUUUGUAUCAAUUAAGAUAAAAGGAAAAUCCUUAGAGAUUGACUUUCUUUCUUCAGAAAGAAAAUUGGAUUUACAUCUUCUUCACAAUCUCCGGCGAAAGUUGUUUGUAACUUACGCUGGUCAAUCAAAGUUUCAUUUUUCUUCGUACAGCUCUAAUCAGGUGAAGAAAUGGAACAACCCAUCUCUCUUUAAGGCCGAGACAUAGAAUCUUAGUUUAUUUAUCCUUGAGAGUCAACGCCUAUGCAACUCCCAGAUCUUGCUCUGUUCUCGCGACGUGUUUCCAUGGCGGAUUCUGAAAAUGGGAAUGUCUUAAUCUUUACAUUUGAGGAUUUGAAAUCAUUUACCAACAAUUUCAAUGGUAACAAUCUGAUCGGAAUCACUCAGUCCGGCAGAUUUUACAGAGGGCAGCUCCGACCACCGUGGUUGGCUGCAACUAUUACAGAGACUCGAAUUGUGACGGUGAAAUUAUGGGAUCAAAAGCAAGAAUUGGACAAAGAAAAAGUCAACCAAGUGUAUUUUCAAGAAGUGAAGUUAAUAACACACCAAUCUCUAAAAAACAAUCCAAGUUUGGCGAAAUUGAUUGGUUAUUGCUGCGAAGAUGGAGUUAAAGGUUUCGUUUAUGAUCUGAAUCCAUUGGGUUCGUUGCAAAAUCUUAGGGGAAGAGAUGAUCAUAUCAAUUGGCUCCAAAGAGUUGAUGUAAUUCUCGAACUUGCUCGACUAUUGGACUUCAUUCACAAUCAAGAGAACCAAAGUCUUGGCUUCCAUUUUAGAGCAUCAAAUAUACUGCUUGAUUGGGAAUGCAAGCCGAAACUAUGCGGAUUCAAGCUGAUUAGCGACAACGGGUUGGAUGCUGACCUCUAUAAACUUUCCAAGUUUACACAGCUUCCUUUCGGCUAUUUUCAUCCCUCUAUAAGAGGUGAGAGUGAAGGAAAAGUGAGCUCUGAUGUAUAUUCCUUGGGGGAAAUUCUGCUGGGACUUAUAGCCAAAAGAGAUGUUGAGCCUCAGAGUUUGGGAAAACAAAAUCAUCAAGAAGUUGUAAACAGCUCAGUGAGCAUUUGGGCAAAGAAUGAAUAUAGACCAAAUGUUUCACUUGUUCAUGAAAGCUUGCAAAAAGACUGGGGUUACAGCACGGAAGAGGGGAUCAAACUCACGGAGCUGGGAAUGCACAGUAUAGAAUUCUUUCCAAGAAAUCGUCCGAGCAUAAAGCAAAUACUUCAGCAUCUCGAAGCGUUGCAAGUUACUCAACGUCUUUCUGAUGUCAGACCUAGAAAAAAGGAAAGAAAACUUCCUAGCAGCUCCAUGGGAAUGUAAAAUCAUCUUAACAAGUCAUGUAUUUAUAUAGCAGUUAGUACUCACUAGUUCUCAGCUCUCUUAACAUUAAUGAAAACUGCAAAUAUAGACCACUCAUGUUUCAUGACUAGUAUUGUAGCUGUAACUCUUCAAUAUAGAAGUUUCUGUCUUUGAUA